AUGAGGAACAUGUACAAAAUAUUGGCAAGCCAGUAUGAUCCCAUCGGCUAUCUCACUCUGUUCACUACCCGAGCCAGAGUGAUCGUCCAAGACUUGUGGAAAACCAAGUGCAACUGGGACGACGUUCUAGAGCCUGGUGCCAUCAGAGACCAAUGGCAGGCCUGGGAAAUGGAGCUACCAGCACUGACCGACAUCCAGUUGGAUAGAUGCUACACACCUUUAGCGGUAGAUGUUAAGCCAUCAAGCUACCAACUCCACAUCUUCUGCGAUGCAUCAGAGAGAGCUUAUGGUGCUGUAGCCUACCUUCGAGCAGAAGAUAAACACCAUCAUAUCCAUGUCAGCUUCGUCAUGGCCAGGUCCCGGGUUGCCCCCAAACGACAGCUAUCCAUGCCACGCUUGGAGCUAUCGGCUGCCUUGGCUGGUGCUCAGCUGUGCCAGCUACUCAAGAGAGAGUUGAGUUUACCUGUAAAGUAUGUUGUCCUUUGGAGCGACUCGACAACUGUCCUCACCUGGCUGAAGUCUGAAUCCUGUCGCUAUAAGGUCUUCGUCGGCACUCGAGUCGCGGAGAUCCAAACCCUCACUGAAGUCAAACAGUGGCGCUACGUCAAUACCAAGAACAAUCCGGCUGAUGACCUCACCAGAGGCAAGACCCUGAUGGAGCUUGCCCAAGAGUCCAGAUGGCGAGACGGACCCCCAUUCCUCUUGUCACCUCCUGACCAGUGGCCUGUCCACCCGGCCACACCACCAGAAGAUGUUUCUGAGUACAAGAAGUCAACCUUCUGUGGUGCCGUGGCUGUGGAUCCUGAAGAUCCUCCCGACCUUUCCAAAUGUGACACGUGGGAAGACCUCAUCAUGGCUACCAAGGAGCAUCGUGAUGGGGCGGCCGACACUGGUGACCCACCUGAGUUGGGUGCUGAAGAUCGAGCCAACAUCGAGCUGCUACUGUACCGCCGUGCUCAGCAAGGAAGUUUUCCUGAUGACUUAGCUGCUCUUCAGGCUGGAAGGGAUCUUCCUCGAGAUAGCAAGCUCCUCCAGUUAGCUCCAGAGUAUGAUGAUUUCACUGGUCUCAUCCAUGUUGGUGGGCGUCUACGGCAAGCGGAAGACAUCCCCAAAGAUUCCCGUCAUCCCAUCGUCAUGGAUCCAGCACAUCCUAUUACCAAACUUCUGAUCCGAGAAUAUGAUGAGAAACUACUUCACUACGGGCCUGAGCGUGUGCUUGCAGAGAUGAGACGUAAGUUUUGGGUUCUGCGAGGACGAGAGGCCAUUCGCAAGCAUCAGCGCAAAUGCUUUGGAUGUCAACGAUGGCAAGCCAAUCCUGAUGUACCAAAGAUGGGAGAUUUGCCACCAGCACGCCUGCGACUGUACAAGCCGCCAUUCUUUUCCACCGGCGUUGACUGUUUUGGGCCAAUGACAAUCAAGACAGGGAGACGCACCGAGAAGCGCUGGGGCAUUAUCUUUAAAUGUACGACUACCAGAGCGGUGCACCUUGACCUGCUAGAAAGUCUCAGUGCUGACGCCUACCUGAUGGCCUUUAGACGGUUUGUGUCCAGAAGAGGGAAGCCCUUCGAGAUACUGUCCGACUGUGGUACCAACUUUAAGGGCGGAGCUUCAGAGUUACAUAAGGCAUUCUCUGCCAUGGAACCCAGACUGAAAGAAGAGCUCUCCAAACAACAAGUCAAGUUUGUCUUCAACCCACCGAAGGCCCACACUUUGGUGGCGUGUGGGAGAGGGAGAUAA